AUGGCAAAUUACGAUCAAAUGGAUGAUCCAACUUCUGCUGCCUUUGAUAUCUUUUUCAGUGGUAUAAUACCAAUCGGUUAUUCGGUAUAUUUCGAACCACUUUUAAGUACAACAUUAAAAUCUAAAAUUGAAGAUUUCGUUUUUUUUUUUGUGGAACCUCUUAUACCGCUUUUCUACGCGUUCAACAAAAUCACUUACAAUGAAUUUGACAAGAGACAUAUUAUAUUUAUUUGUGUUUAUAGUACCUUUAGAAUUGUUUCAGCCAUUAUAUAUUAUAUCAUUCUCGCAUGGAUAAAAAAAACAAACCGAUAUUUCGGAUACAAAUCAUUGAAACAUUGUAUUUUAUUCGUAUACUUUGGUAUCACAGAAUAUUGUGCUCGUUUUGUUCCUAUGAUGUGUUUAGAAGAUCUUAGGAAAACUGGUUUUAUUACAGAGUUACUUAAUGGAGUAGCUAUACUCGGAAUUAUAUUCGGUUUUUUCGCGUUCGUAUUAUUAUUACCUCAUAUCUUGUAUAAGAAUAGAAGAGAUUUUCCAAUUGUUGGUAAUAUCAUAUAUUCAAUAUAUACUUUUAGUUCAUUUUACAUUAGUAUAGUUUAUUUAGUAAUAGUACCUUCAAAUGUAAUUUACGUUAAAAUCGCAUUUAACAUCAAUUUAUUAUUGAUAAUGAGAUUUUUUACCAUAUGUAAUGAUAAACCUAGAAACAAAAAUAGGGGUUUAGGCUGUAUUAUCCUUUUCGCUUUCGAUGAUAUUAAGAGUAUAGAGAAGGAAUUAAAAAAUGAGAACAGGGAUAAAUAUUGGUACGAAAUAUUUUUAUCACAUCGUAUGAUCAAACCAAUAAUUGAUGAGAUUAAGAAAAGAAUAUUAAAAAGAAAUAAAGAUCAAGAAUAUUAUGAAGAUAGAUUAAUUUGUAAUAGAGCAAAUAUUUUAUAUUAUUAUAAAUAUGGAGAAGCUCUUGAAAAGAAAAGGAGUAAGAAACGUUUUCAAAAUACCAUUCAGAGUGUUGGAAGUGCAUCAUCCAUUCAGAGUAUUGGAAGUACAUCAUCCCCUCAGAGUAUUGGAAGUACGUCAUCCACUCAGAGUAUUGGAAGUACAUCAUCCGCUUCAUCCACUCAAAGAAUUGGAAGUACAUCAUCAAAUGGAAAUUCUACUUCUCAAGAUCAUGAAUUCGUUCUAGAUGCAUACAUACCCGGUAUCAUUUUACAUAAUGAAAUCAAAAAAGCGAACAAAGUUUAUAAACUUUUCAACGGAAUUGGCACCCAAAAUAUUAAUAAUGUCAAAAGUCUUUCAGCUACUGAUAUCGCAAGAUUAGAAGAUGAAGAAAUUAAUAAUAUCAUUAAAAGUUUGAAAGUAAAACCUUAG